AUUUGACAGCAUUUUCGAAAUAUAUUGCAUUGCCAAGUCUGACACGCUCUUAAUAACCGAUUAAAGUCGAUAUCAUAGCCACAAAACAAAAAUUAUGCACUUUGUUUUGUUUGAUUGUCAAGUUCAGAGUUAUUUAUAACAUCAAAACAAAUCACUACUAGGGCACUAAGUACUAUGUACUGUAUUGAAAAAUGCUUCGCCUUACCAUUUAUUAAGGGCUUGCGGCAGAGGAAACACAAGGUAUUAUAUAAACCAAAUAUAGGAACAAGAAGACAUGUACAAAGUGACCAGUGAAAUCUAUGAGGAGACCAACUACAACCCAGUCAAAGGCUCCAAUGGUAGAGUUUUGUCCAAAUUCAAAUUCAACUACCCACCAGAGGAGGAAAUUUCCGCGUCUUCUAGCGGAACCACUGUCGAUAAGGACGGAGACUUAGUGGUGCGACGAAAAUCGGAUUCUAAGCGAGCUGGUGUGAUAAAAAUAGAGCAUUCUGAAGCCACGGAAUUGCGUCUGGUGGGACUGCAAGUUUGGCGUGGCGCAUUGUUAUUAGCCGAUUAUAUUUUCCAUAAGCGUGCAGAAUUUCGUGACAAAGUUUUGCUGGAGCUGGGUGCAGGCGUUGGAUUGACCAGUAUUGCUGCAGCUAUCUAUGCGCAACAGGUUGUGUGCACAGAUGUGAAUGUUGGCGGAAUUUUAGAUUUAAUACGGGAAAACGUGAAGCACAAUGUCGAACUGCUUCAAAAAACGAAUACUAUUGAAGUUUUGGAAUUGGAUUUUCUAAAGCCUGUAAAAGAAUUUUCUCCAGCGCUAUUGGCGGCCAUUAAUAAUUGUGACGUUGUGGUAGCGGCUGAUGUAAUUUAUGACGAUGACCUGACUAAUGCAUUCAUACGAGUUUUAGAUGCUUUGUUUGAGCAUGGCAGAUUAUCAGGAAAAGAUAAAACGGCGUAUAUAGCAUUAGAGAAGCGAUAUGUUUUUACUCUGUCCGAGAUGGAUACUGUGGCGCCAAUGUUUGAGUAUUUCCUGAAGCAAUCCAUGCAUAAGGCUUGGCUUCUCGAGUAUAUUGAUACAGAUUUUCCACAAUAUUUUGAUUAUGAUCGCUGCAGGCAUUUAGUGCUGAUGAAGGUAACACACGCUAAAUAAGUAAAAUUAAAAAAAUAAGUAUUUAUUAGCUUAACAUGUACGUAGUAGCAAUACAAAUAGUUGAAAAAAUAACCCGAAUAAUAGUUUAAUAAACCACAAAAA